CGCCUCUGGGCAGGGUUGCUGGGCGCGGGCAAGCAAGCGAUCGCAGCGGCUGUCCCUGCACGAUUCUAACCUAGAUUUUGCCAGAAGCUGAGAUCCGGGGUAAAAUGGGCUCUCCGUAAAGGAGGUAAAAACUUAGUAAAACAGGCACGUCCAUUCCUUUAAUAAUGAAUAAUUUGGCAGCGCAGGCUGAGCUGCUGCCGCCUCCUCGCGUGCCCGGGCGCCAGCUCCGGGACUCCCCUCGCUCCUGCCUGCCGCCUGUGCUCCGCCCGAGUGCGAUCGACGCACAACUGCUGCCGGGCUGGGAGAGCGCGAGUGACGGCGGGCCCCUCGGGAAAGUCGGGACACUUGGCCGGGACUCCCGGCACCUGGGGCACCGGGGGUCGCUCUGCGCAGGGGAAUGCCGAACACCUGAGGAGGCGUGGGGACCAGCUCUCCCGCGCCGUCUCUGUCGCCUCCUCUAGCAGGGAGUUCCCUGCCUGCAAUGGCUGGAAGUUUGAGUCUUCUUGCUUUCAGGGUCCGAAAUCCCGAAGCUUAAUUAACUGCGAGGCGAAGAGGGGCCUUUGGGCACAGGGUGAACGCCUUCCCCACGACUUAGGCGGGCGCGGGGCGAGGGUGAGGCGGGAGGCUGAGCAGCUGCUGGCGCCCGGCUGCAGGCAGGUCGCCGAGGGCCAGGGUACCAGAUUUAGGCGUGUACGUCACUGGUGCUGAUUUGGAGCCAGCUGGGAGCCUAAAACCGGGCCGCACACGCGGACCCUCAACGUCCUUAGAUAUCGAAGUUAAGAAGCCCAGAGGUUGGGUGGGCGUGAGGAGAGUCGAGGUAGGGGCGGUUGGAGGGAAUCGGACAUUUCUUCUUGCAGAUGCCCUAUCCUUAGAAAAGAGUUCGGUUCCUUCCCCCUCUUCUGUAUGUCCCCCCCGCCCCCCCCCCCCAGUUAUAUGCACCACUGCCACCCAUUAUAAAGAAGUGAAUAUCCUCGACCGAAGGCUUUUCUUUCUAAUUGAACUAGUGGAAAAAUCCAACGCUGAAGUAGUAAGGACAGUAACAAAAUUAUAAGGAGAGAGAGCAGCAGCUCCUGACCCUGGUACUUUUUUUUUUUUUUUUUGGUUGGGGGGGGGUGAGGAAGUGGGUGAGAGGCUGUGUUUAAAAGGCUCGGCGACGCUGAAAUCACCCACUUUUCCUGCACGGUUAAAACAAGGAAAUUCAAAUCAAGUGGGAACGUGAUCCUCUUGCAAGCUGGCAGCGGACACUGCGGCUGCUCUGCUGAGAGCUAUGGAGACCAAAGGCUACCACAGUCUCCCUGAAGGUCUAGAUAUGGAAAGACGGUGGGGUCAAGUUUCUCAGGCUGUGGAUCAUUCAUCCCUGGGACCUACAGAGAGGACCGAUGAGAACAACUACAUGGAGAUUGUCAAUGUAAGCUGUGUUUCCGGUGCUAUUCCAAACAACAGUACUCAAGGAAGCAGCAAAGAAAAACAUGAACUACUCCCUUGCCUUCAGCAAGACAAUAAUCGGUCUGGGAUUUUAACAUCUGAUAUUAAAACGGAGCUGGAAUCUAAGGAACUUUCAGUAACUGUAGCUGAGUCCAUGGGUUUAUACAUGGAUUCCAUUAGAGAUGCUGAGUACACCUAUGAUCCGCAGAACCAGCAAGGAAGCCUGAGUCCAGCAAAGAUUUAUCAGAAUGUUGAACAGUUGGUGAAAUUUUAUAAAGAAAACGGCCAUUGUCCUUCCACUGCAGGGAUGAGCAGGCCCUUGAGAUCGUUCAUGGCUGACUCGGGGAGCUCUGUAAAUGGCGGGGUCAUGCGUGCCAUCGUUAAAAGCCCUCUCUUGUGUCAUGAGAAGAGCUCAUCUGUUUGCAGCCCUCUGAACAUGACAUCUUCAGCGUGCAGCCCCGCUGGACUCAGCUCUGUGUCCUCCACCUCGGCCAGCUUUGGCAAUUUCACAGUGCACAGCCCUAUCACCCAGGGGACCCCCUUGACCUGCUCCCCGAAUAUCGAGACUCGAGGUUCCAGGUCGCACAGCCCAGCGCAUGCUAGCAAUGUGGGCUCUCCUCUCUCAAGUCCAUUAAGUAGCAUGAAAUCCCCAGUUUCCAGCCCUCCCAGUCACUGCAGUGUAAAAUCUCCAGUCUCCAGUCCAAAUGUCACUUUGCGAUCUGCAGUGUCCAGCCCGGCCAAUAUCAACAACUCAAGGUGCUCCGUUUCCAGCCCUUCCAACACGAAUAACAGAUCCACGCUUUCCAGUCCAACUGCGAGCACCGUGGGGUCCAUCUGCAGCCCCGUUAGCAAUGCCUUCAGCUACACUGCUUCAGGCACUCCUCUGGGAUCCAGUGCGGCCCGGGACGUGGUUUCCAGCCCAGACACACAAGAGAAAGGUGCUCAUGAGGUCUCCUUUCCCAAGAUCGAGGAAGCAGAGAAUGCCACCUCCAACGGCGUGACGGGCCAGCUUAACAUCGUCCAGUACAUAAAACCAGAGCCAGAUGGAGUUUUUAGCAGCUCAUGUCUAAGAGGAAAUAGCAAGAUGAAUCCCGCUUCCCCAUUCUCAGUACCAAUCAAACAAGAAUCAACCAAGCAUUCGUGUUCAGGCACCUCCUUCAAAGGGAAUCCAACCGUGAACCCAUUUCCAUUCAUGGAUAGCUCCUAUUUUUCCUUUAUGGAUGAUAAAGACUAUUAUUCUCUAUCAGGAAUUUUAGGCCCGCCCGUGCCCGGCUUCGACGGUAGCUGCGAAAGCAGCGGCUUCCCCGUGGGGAUCAAACAGGAACCAGACGACGGGAGCUACUACCCAGAGGCCAGCAUCCCGUCCUCUGCCAUUGUUGGUGUGAACUCAGGUGGACAGUCCUUUCACUACAGGAUUGGUGCUCAAGGUACAAUAUCUUUGUCACGAGCGGCUAGAGACCAGUCUUUCCAACACCUGAGUUCCUUUCCUCCUGUCAAUACCUUGGUGGAGUCGUGGAAAUCCCACAGUGACCUGGCAUCUCGGAGAAGCGAUGGCUAUCCGGUCCUAGAGUACAUUCCAGAAAAUGUAUCAAGCUCUACGUUACGAAGUGUUUCUACUGGAUCCUCAAGACCUUCCAAGAUAUGUUUGGUGUGUGGAGAUGAGGCUUCAGGCUGCCACUAUGGGGUAGUAACCUGUGGCAGCUGCAAAGUGUUCUUCAAAAGAGCAGUGGAAGGUAAAUGUUCAUGGCAACACAACUAUUUAUGUGCUGGAAGAAAUGAUUGCAUCAUUGAUAAGAUUCGACGGAAGAAUUGUCCUGCCUGCAGACUUCAGAAAUGUCUUCAAGCCGGAAUGAAUUUGGGAGCCCGGAAGUCAAAGAAGUUGGGAAAGUUAAAAGGGAUUCAUGAGGAGCAGUCACAGCAGCAACAGCCCCCGCCACCACCCCCACCGCCCCAGAGCCCUGAGGAAGGGACGACCUACAUCGCUCCUGCAAAAGAGCCCUCUGUCAACACGGCGCUGGUCCCUCAGCUCUCCACAAUCUCACGCGCACUCACGCCCUCCCCUGGGAUGAUCCUAGAAACCAUUGAGCCCGAAAUCGUGUAUGCCGGCUACGACGGCUCCAAACCGGACACCGCCGAGGGCCUGCUCUCCACGCUGAACCGCCUCGCGGGCAAGCAGAUGAUUCAAGUCGUGAAGUGGGCAAAGGUAAUUCCAGGAUUUAAAAACUUGCCUCUUGAGGACCAAAUCACCCUCAUCCAGUAUUCUUGGAUGUGUCUAUCCUCGUUCGCCUUGAGCUGGAGGUCGUACAAACACACGAACAGCCAAUUUCUCUAUUUCGCACCAGACCUGGUCUUUAAUGAAGAGAAGAUGCACCAGUCUGCCAUGUAUGAGCUGUGCCAGGGCAUGCACCAGGUCAGCCUGCAGUUCGUCCGACUGCAGCUCACCUUUGAAGAAUACACCAUCAUGAAAGUGUUGCUGCUGUUAAGCACAGUUCCCAAGGAUGGCCUCAAAAGCCAAGCUGCAUUUGAAGAAAUGAGGACAAAUUACAUCAAAGAGCUGAGGAAGAUGGUAACUAAGUGUCCCAACAAUUCUGGGCAGAGUUGGCAGAGGUUCUAUCAACUGACCAAGCUUCUGGACUCCAUGCAUGAUCUGGUGAGUGACUUGCUGGAAUUUUGCUUCUAUACCUUCCGAGAGUCCCAGGCCCUGAAGGUGGAGUUCCCCGCGAUGCUGGUGGAGAUCAUCAGCGACCAGUUGCCGAAGGUGGAAUCCGGGAACGCCAAGCCGCUUUACUUUCACAGGAAGUGACGGACUCAUCGUAGCAGAAGAACUUUGCCUUAAGUUCCCCUGUGUUGUUCCACACCCAUGAAGGACCCAAGAAAUCAUAUUUUUAGCAGGUGAUGGUUGAGUCAUACUCGUUCAGCAGUUUCUGGAGUUUAAGGUCAUGUUAAAGGUUUGGGGCCGGGUUAGAAGUUAGACGUGGAUUUGGCAAGACCCGAACAGUCUAAACUCUAAAGGACUCUCCCCUCUCCAGUCCCCAGCGCUUAGAAACACGUUCCUCUGGAUGAAAAGCCAUAUCUAGUCAAUAACUCUCUGAUUUUGAUACUUUAACAGAUGGAAGUUUUAACUAUGCCAUGUAGUUUCUGGUAUCAGCCGCUUGUUUUAAAAGGGUUCAAGGACUAAUGAACUUUUUAAAGCUUACCCUUGGUUUGCACAUAAAACGUAUAGGCUAUAUGGGGCAUUAAUAUUCUUUUGUUAUUUAAAAAAACAACAAAAAAAGAAAAAACCUAUACAGACUCCCGUUGUGUAAUAACAGAGCACGCAGCGUGGGAGAGCGCCCCCCUCUGGCUCGCACUCGCCCAUGUUCCUCCGCAUCACUGGCGUUCCUCCCCCUUCAGCGUCCAUUGGUUAAUUAGAAUGGAUAAGAUGUUAAAAACAAAUGCCUCUGUUUCAGUUUCUAGUAUCUAUUGUGUUGGCUUUACAGAUAAUUUUUUGCAGUCUUUUGCUGUGCUGUACAUUACUGUAUGUAUAAAUUGUGAAGGACCUGAGUUAUAUAUGGUAUAAGGAACUUUUGUAAAUGAGAAAAAAAAAAGAUACAAAAAAAAACUUCAAUGGUUAAUAGGAAGAAUGGGAAAGUAUUUUUGAAAGAAUUCUAUUUUGCUGGAGACUAUUUAAGUACUAUCUUUGUCUAAACAAGGUAAAAAUUUCUUUUUGUAAAGUGAGAUGCUCUGCAUGCCUAAUGAACCGUUUACAGUGUAUUUAAGAAAGGGAGAGCUGUGCCUUUUUUAGCUUCACAUCUGAUUUACCAUUUCCCAGUCUCUGUUGUAAAUAGCCACACUGAGACCUCUUCGGUUGUCCUUAAGCCUUUCUACUUUGUCUGCCUUUGUUUUGUCUUUGGUCUCCCGCGGGGGUGCUCGUGGGGCGUGAGCAUGUUUUCCGGCAACGGGCUGUGGUGUCCGGAGGGCCUUGAAGGCGUCACCUGAGGACACACGUGGGAGCCGGUCCGGAGCGCGGCUUUAGCACCGCUGCCCCCGAUCCUCGGUCCUCACGCAGCAGAACCAGCCACAGGCGAGGAGAGCCCGUGGAAAGCAAGGGCUCGGCAGGCAUAGUCCCAUCCCAUUUUAGAGAAAUGCAUCUUCUCCCGUGGAGAUGAGAAUCCCAUGCCCUCGCUACACCUGUGAAAGGUGACAUGUUCACGACUGGUCUUGGGAAGGGGGUUCGCACUCCUGGCACCGGUCAUGGGAACACGCAGGUUUUGCAGGACACACUGAGAAGAUGCACGCGGCACGGUCAGAGCAGCGUGGAGACCACAUCAUCAUUAGAGGGUUUUUAGAUUUUUAAAAGGUAGGUUUUAACGAUAAAUUUUAUACAUAAACAGUUUUGGGGGGAAAACUACAGAUCAUAUAAGCAAGACAGUGGCACUAAAAUUUGUAAUUCAUUCAUCUGUUUGGCACUGAUGCAGUUUACGGCUUUUCUCUUGCCCCAAAUCACAAACAUCUCUUUGGGGACACUUAGCAAUAUGAUUGCACUAAAUAAGCUACUUUGAAUAGAGGCCAAAUCAAUCUUUAAAAGUGAUGAUAAUCAUCAGGUACUCAGUGAAAUCACAUUAUUUUCCAAAACCUACAAGCGGUAGCUGGAGAAGCCCACGGCCAGGAGAAGGCAGCGUCGGAUCCACACUUUUCUCCAGGGUUCACUGUGCAGGCAACAUUACCUUGUCUUUCCAAAGACACCUGCCUUAUGCAAGGGGAAGCCUGUGAAAGUGCACUCGGAGGGAGUUUUUCUUACAUAAUUUGCAAUUUCGGGAAUUUAAUUUAUAGGCAGAUCUUUAAAUACAGCCAACUUACUUACAUGCACAGCAAUAUGAAUGCCACACUUGGAAGAGGAUAGAUGCACAGCAUGCAGACUUGGAGUUUCCAGAAAAGAAACGGCUUACGAGAGCAGCUUUCAGCUCAGACUUACUUUUUACGCAGUCAGAAUUUCGACGUAACCAAGUUUGGGAUGGAGGUGGUCUGCAUUGGCUUCUCAUAUUAAUGAUGGUCCUGGCUGUUUGUGUGUCUCCGGGUAACUUUGCUUGGUUCAACAGCAAAGCCAUAUUCUAAAUUCACUGCUGAAUGCCUGUCCCGAUCCAAAUGGUCUGUCUGCUCUUAUUUUUGUACCAUAUUGCUCUUAAGAAUCUCGGUUUGGUACAAUUCAUAAUUCACCAGAACUUCUUCAUAUAAUUAAAAAGAAAACACACUAAAUUAGUUUAAAAUGAAGCAAUUUAUAUCUUUAUGCAAAAACAUAUGUCUGUCUUUGCAAAGGACUGUAAGCAGAUUACAAUAAAUCCUUUACUUUAA